AGUCAACCACCCACCGCAGGAGACUGGGGGAAUGUUACACUUUCCUGGAUACACAAUCAUCAUUGUAGGAAUAUUGAUACGCACCGGACAUACAUUUAUUGGAUCUCAACGGCAAAGAUUGGAUUAUCUUUCGGACUGUACAUUUUUGUUGAAGUUUUAGUUCACAUGUUUCAGCGCUUGUUUUAUUAGAGUGGCUGAAGACUCAAGGAACCAGUAAUGGACCAGAACCUGUUUGGAGGGGCCCCCAGAUUCCUCACGCGGCCCAAGGCGUUCGCAGUGUGCGUGGGCAAGGAUGCCACUCUAAGCUGCACCAUCGUGGGCAACCCCACCCUAAUGAUUACCUGGGAAAAAGAGAAGCUACGUCUGACCUCCGGGGGCCGCUUCAAGAUGGUGGAUGAUGGUAAUGUCUACCGCCUCACCAUCUACGAUCUAACCCUGGAAGACAGUGGCCAGUACAUGUGCCGGGCCAAAAACAACGUUGGGGAGGCAUACGCAUGCGUAACCCUUCAUGUAGGCCUUCCACAGGAGAUGGUGGAGAGGGCCCCCGUCUUCAUGGUCAAGCCUACCUCUGCACGCGUGGGCCUGGGGGGUGAUGUGGUCUUCCACUGCCGGGUUGCGGCUUACCCAGAGCCCAAAUUUGACUGGGAUAAGGACGGGCGUUACCUGGCCGAGACAAACCGCAUCAAGGUGACCUCGGACGGCGACAGCAGCUCCCUGAGGAUCCAGAGCGUGCGCAGCCUGGACAGCGGCACAUACACCUGCCGCGCCCAGAACUCGGUGGGCCGCUCGAACUCCGCCGCCGCCUUGGUCAUAGACACCCAGGACUCCCGUCACCUGUGCCAGGACAAGAGCACCUCCCUCCUCUCCCACCUGCAGAAGCGUAAAGAAGGGAUCUCCAUCUACCGCACAGCCGAGACCAGCAGCUCCUGUUACAACUCCACCACCACCCCUUCCACGGCCACCAAUAUGGUCACAGAUGGGCUGAGCGCUCUGGGUCUGGACCAUGGCAGCGCAGCACUGGUCAGCCAGCUACCCAAAAGCGUCUUCACCCGCACCUGCACGGUGACUGAGGGCAAGCAUGCCAAGCUCAGCUGCUUCGUGACGGGUCACCCCAAGCCUCAUAUCAUCUGGAGGAAGGAUGGGGGGAACAUCGGCGAGGGACGCAGGCACAUCAUGUAUGAGGACCAGGCCGAGAACUUCAUCCUCAAGAUCCUGUACUGCAAGCAGAGCGACAAUGGCCUGUACACCUGUAAUGCCUCCAAUAUGGCCGGACAAACCUACAGCGCUGUGCUGGUGAUCGUUAAAGAGCCCAAGGUGCCGUUCAGGAGGAAGCUGCAGGAUGUGGAGGUCCAGGAGAAGAUGACGGCCAUGCUGCUGUGUGAGGUGCCUGUUUCGGCUAGCCAGGCCAGCUGGUUCAUGGAGGAGACACGUCUGGAAGACAGCUCCAAGUACUGCAUGGAGGAGGAGGGGACCAUGCGUCGCCUCACCAUCCGCAAUGUCACCACUAAUGAUGAUGCCGUCUACAUCUGUGAGAUGAAGGAGGGGAGCCGCACCGUGGCCGAGCUCACUGUGCUGGGCAACAUCACUAAGAAGCUGCCCAGGAGGACUGGAGUGCCAGAGAGUGAUACAGUGAUCUUCUGUGUUGAGCUGGAGCACCCCUGUUCUGACGCCUACUGGACACGCAACGGCGAGCGUCUGAAGCCGGACACACGCAUAUCCAUUGCGUGCACCCUCAGACAGUACACGCUAACCAUCAGCCACUGCCAGGCCGACGACUCAGGAGAGGUGGCCUUUGUGGCUGGAGACUGCAAGACCUCCACACGAUUCUCUGUCACGGCUGCCAGAAAGCACCCUCCAGAUCCCCCUAUCGACGUGGUGGUGCGUAACAAGAGUGACUCAUCCAUCACCCUCCACUGGUCACCCCCAGACAGUGACCGCCCCGUGCCCAUCAAAGGGUACAUGGUAGAGAGGAGGAAGGUGGGUGCCCAGACCUGGCAGAGGUGCAAUGGCAUGGAGAUCAGCCCCUUUACUGAGAUCACGAUCCAGAACAUCACAGAGGAGGCCAGCUACCAGUUCCGCAUCUCUGCAGCCAACGACUACGGCCACAGCCAAUACAUGGAGGUGCCUGGGACCUUCUACCUCGAGCCCUCUGCAGAGGUGAAGACAGGCCUGAUGAACAGCACAUUCAUCUCAGGCGAGGAGGCCUCCCUCUCCGUGGACCUGUCUGCCGUGUGCUCUGGCUUCUGGUCUAUCAACGGCCGCCUCCUGCGCAGUGGGGCUGACUACCUCAUCACACGCCAAAAGACCACACAUACGCUGACGAUCCGAACUGUCUUGAUGGAGAUGAAUGGAGCCGUGGUCAAAUUUGUGGGCGGUGGCUCCGAGAGCACUUGUAUACUCAAAGUGAAGGCUCCACCUAUCCGGUUCACCAGUAAGUCCACUCACACUGAGGUGGUGACCUGCAGCGCCCAGUCUUCCGCCCAGCUGACCACAGAUGUGUCCGAUUAUGAUGCUCAGGUGGUCUGGAUGAAGAAUGGACAGGAGCUGAAGAUGGGCAAGAAGUAUGAGUGCAUAAGCACCGACCGCAAGAGGAUUCUAAUGGUACACAAUGUCACAGAAGAGGACACGGGCAUCUAUGAGUGUGUCUUAAAUGAAGACAGAAUGUCCCUGCAGCUUUCUCUGAAAGAUGAAGCCAAGUUCCUGAACAAGCCCAAAGGUCCCAUGGGGGUAGCACCUGCCCUCAGCGGGGACCUUGAGUUGAACUGUGAGGUAUCGUCUGCAAGCGGGGUGGUGGUGUGGAGGAAGGAUCAGACAUUGGUCACUGAGGACCAAAGAACCACCAUCAUCUCCAAAGGGACACAGAGGAGACUGGUCAUCAAGAACGCCAAGAAGAGUGAUGAGGGACACUACUCCUGCGAGACAGUGGAGGACAAAGUCACAUUCCAGGUCAAGAUAAAAGACGCCCAACAGUCAGCCUUCUACAACAAGGAGUUUGUACAGAAGGAGGUGAAAGCUACUCUCUCCCAGAAAGCCACUCUGAGCUGUGAAGUGUCCGACGCCAAGACUGAGGUGAAAUGGUACAAGGAUGGCAAGCUGCUGACUUCCACUGAGACAGUCUCCAUGGAGACAAAGGGCAAGAGUCGUCUGUUGGUAGUAGACAAAAUUCAGAAGAAGGAUGCUGGAGAGUACACCUGUGAGGCUGGAGCAGAGAAGCUGGUCUUUAAAAUACAUCUUUCAGAAACCCAACAGUCAGCCUUCACCAACAAGGAGUCUGUACAGAAGGAGGUGAAAGCUACUCUCUCCCAGAAAGCCACUCUGAGCUGUGAGGUGUCUGAUACCAAGACCGAGGUGAAAUGGUACAAGGAUGGCAAGCUGCUGACUUCCACUAAGGCAGUCUACAUGGAAACGAAGGGCAAGACUCGUCAGCUGGUGAUAGAGAAGGUGGAGAAGAAGGAUGCUGGAGAGUACACCUGUGAGGUUGGAGCAGAGAAGCUGGUCUAUAAGAUUCAGGUGACAGAAGCCCAGGCUGCCUUCACCAACAAGGAGUCUGUACAGAUGGAGGUGAAAGCUACUCUCUCCCAGAAAGCCACUCUGAGCUGUGAGGUGUCCGAUAACAAGACGGAGGUGAAAUGGUACAAGGAUGGCAAGCUGCUGACUUCCAGUAAGACAGUCUCCAUGGAGACAAAGGGCAAGACUCGUCAGCUGGUGAUAGAGAAGGUGGAGAAGAAGGAUGCUGGAGAGUACACCUGUGAGGUUGGAGUGGAGAAACUGGUCUAUAAGAUUCAGGUGGCAGAAGCACAACAGGCUGCCUUCACCAACAAGGAUUCUGUACAGAAAGACGUGAAAGCUACUCUCUCCCAGAAAGCCACUCUGACCUGUGAGGUGUCCGAUACCAAGACAGAGGUGAAAUGGUACAAGGAUGGCAAGCUGCUGACUUCCAGUAAGACAGUCUACAUGGAGACAAAGGGCAAGACUCGUCAGCUGGUGAUAGAGAAGGUGGAGAAGAAGGAUGCUGGAGAGUACACCUGUGAGGUGGGAACAGAAAAGCUGGCCUUCAAGAUACACGUGACAGGAGAAACUCAGGGUGCCUUCUACAACAAGGAUUCUGUACAGAAAGUGGUGAAAGCUACUCUUUCCCAGAAAGCCACUCUGAGCUGUGAGGUGUCCGAUAUCAAGACAGAGGUGAAAUGGUACAAGGAUGGCAAGCUGCUGACUUCCACUAAGGCAGUCUCCAUGGAGACAAAGGGCAAGACUCGUCAGCUGGUGAUAGAGAAGGUGGAGAAGAAGGAUGGUGGAGAGUACACCUGUGAGGUUGGAGUGGAGAAACUGGUCUAUAAGAUUCAGGUGGCAGAGACUCAAGCUGCCUUCUCCAUCAAGGAUUCUGUACAGAAAGACGUGAAAGCUACUCUCUCCCAGAAAGCCACUCUGACCUGUGAGGUGAUCGAUAACAAGACGGAGGUGAAAUGGUACAAGGAUGGCAAGCUGCUGACUUCCACUAAGGCAGUCUCCAUGGAGACAAAGGGCAAGACUCGUCAGCUGGUGAUAGAGAAGGUGGAGAAGAAGGAUGCUGGAGAGUACACCUGUGAGGUGGGAGCGGAGAAGUUGGCCUUCAAGAUAGAGGUGGCAGAAUCCUCUGCCAAGUUUAAAAAGACUGCAGUGAAGGAUACAUGCAAUGUUCAAGCAAGUGAAAAGAUUGUUUUGACCACUGAGUUGACUUUGGAGAGUGCCAGUGUUAAGUGGUUCAGGGAUGGAGUGGAGUUGAAGGAGGGCUCUAAGUAUGACAUGAAGAGAGAGGGACAUUCUCGUACCCUGAUUGUGAAGUCCACUGAACUCAAAGACAGUGGGAACUACUCUUGCCACACUGCUGACGACAAGAUUGAGUUCAAAGUUCAAGUCAAAGAUUCAUCACUGAAGUUUGUAGUGCAGUUGCAGCCUGUAGCCACAGAGCUGGGUGGUACCCUGACCCUGACCUGUGAACUGAACCGAGCCUUAGGGGACGUGCUCUGGCGCCACAACAGCUGUGAGGUCAAACCUGGCGGCAGGUUCUGUGUCAGCACUGAUGGUCCCAAGCGGGUCCUUACUGUGACAGGAAUGGCAAAAGAGGAUGAGGGAGAGUACAGCUGUGAAUGCAAAGAUGAUAAGACCUCUGCCAAGGUCUCCACCAAAGCACCCAGACUGGUGAAGCUGACUUCCAAGCUGAGCAACGUCGCUGCUGUGGAGGGGAAGGAGGCCAUCUUCAAGUGUAGUGUCACCCCAGCUGACGUCAAAGUAAAAUGGUUCUGCAACAACGUGCCCAUCACUGCUGGGCCCAAAUAUAAGAUUGAGCAUGGGGGCACCAGCCACUCCCUCACCAUCACCUCAGUCAGUCAGGAGGAUGCUCAAGAGAUCAGCAUGGAUGCAGAGGGCAAAACCUGCAGUGCUACCCUCCAAGUGCAACUGGAGCCGGUGAUGUUCAAGAAGAAGCUGGAGAAUGUGACAGUGGUGGAGGAUCAGAAGGAGGUGAAGCUGGAAGUAGAGCUGAGUAAGCCCUCAAAAGAGGUCAGGUGGAUGAAGAACAGUGUGGUGCUACAGCCUGGAGGCAACAUGGAGAUCAAGAUGGACGGAGCCAAGCAGACCCUGGUCUUUAAGAGUGUGACUACGGCCGAUCGUGGCUUCUACUCCUGUGAGACCCUGGACGACAAGACCCAGGCCAAACUCGCAGUGGAUGUGAAGAAGAUUGAGGUGGUGAAGGACCUGCUGCCGGAGGUCAAGGCCCAUGAGAAGGAGACAGUGACCCUUGAGGUGGAGCUCAGCCAGGCUGACGUGGAGGGCUCCUGGACCAGGGACAGGGUCAAGUUCAAGGCAGGGUCCAACUGCCGCAUCACAGCCCUGGGAAAGAAACACGCCCUGACACUAUCCCAAAUCAAGAUGGAGGACGCAGGAACUAUUGCCUUCCAAGCAGAGGGGGUCAAAACUUCUGCCAAGCUCAUUGUUACAGAACCUGCUGCUAUGAUCUCUAAACUCAUGGAGGAUGUCAAAGCCCCAGAGAAGGAGAAGGCUACGCUUGAGUGUGAGGUGUCCAGAGCUAAUGCUGAGGUCAAGUGGUUCAAGGGUGACAUGGAACUAAAACCAGGAAAGAACUUUCGCAUCUACUCCCAGGGCUGCAAACGAAGCCUGCUAAUCCACAAAUGUUCCCAAGAGGAUGAGGGCACAUAUGUCUGCCAAACGUCUGAUGACAACACAUCAGCUAAACUCACUGUUCAUGCCCGAGACAUUAAGAUAGUGAAGAAGCUUGAGGACGUGGAGGUGAUGGAGAAGGAGAGCGCUUCGUUCUUCUGUGAGAUCUCUCAUGAUGAAGUGGACUGCCAGUGGUUCAAAGGCGACACCAAACUCAAAGUCGGUGACAACAUCAAGAUGAGACAAGAGGGUAAAAUCUAUGUGCUGCUGUUUAAGUCGGUGACACUAGAAGACAUGGCUGAGAUUAAAUUCACAGCUGAAAAGGCCUCUUCAACAGCCAAACUGACAGUGAAAGAGCUCCCUGUCCAGUUUGUGAAGAAGCUCAGGGAUAAGUUAGCCUUGCAUACACACCGUGGGUUCUUGGAAUGCCAAGUGUCCCGGGCCAGCGCCAAGGUCAAGUGGUACAAGAACAAGAAGGAGAUCAAGCCCAGCAAGAAGCACGAGAUCAGCAGUGAGGGUAUAUACUGCAAACUCACCAUAAACGACGUGUGCUCGGACGAUGAGGAUACUUACAUCUGUGACGCCAUCGAUGACAAGACAUCCUGUAAACUUCUUGUGGAAGAGCAGGUCAUCAGCAUCGUACGAGAGCUAAGUGCCGUGGAAGUGACCGAGCCCUUCGCCGCCUUCUUCGAGGUGGAGAUCAACAUCGACUCAGUCAAGCCCCCCAAGUGGACUCUGAAUGGUGUGGCCGUGCAGGAGAGCGAUGACGUGGAGAUGGAGAAGGAGGGCACCAUGCACCGCCUCACCUUCAAGAAGACCAAGGCCUCCAUGACGGGACCUGUCCAGUUCAUGGCUGGCAAGAGCAAGUCUGUGGCCCAGCUCACUGUCAAAGAGCGCCCUCUUGAGGUGGUAGAGACCAUUAAAGAUAUGACAGCCAAGGAGAAGGGCUCAGCCACUCUGAGCUGCAAGUUCUCCGCCACACCCAAAGAGGUGAGCUGGUUCAAAGGCCAAACCCUCCUGGCUGCUUCAGACAAGUACAACCUGAAACAGGACGCUGUGCGGGCUCAGCUGACUAUCCAGAAGCUGACUGGGGAAGACACUGGGGAGUACCGCUGUCAGUCGGCUGCUGCCGAGACCAAAGCCACUCUCACUGUAGAGGUUCGGAAAGUGGAGAUCACCAAACACCUGGUGGACGCAGAGGUGGAUGAGGACAGUGAUGCAGUGUUCACCUGUGAGAUCAACUACACUGAUGAGGAGGUGCAAUGGCUGCUCAAUGAAAAAACACUCUUCUCCAACGAGGUCAACACCAUCACACACAUGGGCAAAGUGCACACGCUCACACUCAAGAACCUGGCACCUGAGGAUGGGGGCACCAUCACCUUCAAGGUCAGGGAAAUCAAGGAGGCUGUGACCCUAAAAGUCAAAGAGAAGCGUGCAGUGUUCCUCAAGUCUCUGGAUGACGUGGUGGGAGAGGUGAAAGGUAUGAUCACCCUGGCGUGUGAGGCCUCCAAGCCCAGGGUCUCCCCCACCUGGAGGAAAGAUGGUACGAUGCUGACCACUGGGUCUAAGUAUGAGGUCCUGCACACAGGCAAGUCCCUGGGUCUGAUCAUCAAGGAUGUUAACAAGGAAGAUGCAGGGGAGUACAGCUGCGACCUGGGAACUGAGCUUUCCAAGUCAAAGGUCACUGUGAGAGACCUAAGCAUAGGUAUCACCAAGCAGUUGAAGUCCAUGGAGGCGAUGGAGGGAGAGACAUGUAGCUUUCAGUGUAUUCUGUCACGGGAAAGCACUGACGAGUGUUCCUGGACCUUGAAUGGCCAGACCGUGGCUAACGGAGGACGCUUCCAGGUCUCCAGUACAGGUCGCAAGUACAUGCUGGUUAUCAAGGAUGUGACGCCAGCCGAUGCUGGUGAGGUGGUCUUCAGCAUCAAGAACCUGAUCUCCAAGACUACCUUAGCUGUUGAAGGCAAAGCCCAAUCUGUAUCACGGGAGCUGCAGAGCAUUAGUGUAGUCUCAGGGGAGGAUGCUGUGUUCACCUGUGAGGUCACACAGACCAGGGCCAACGUCCAGUGGGCCAAGGAUGGGAAGGACAUCAGGAAGAGUGAGAAGUAUGAGAUCAGUAAAGAGGAGAGGGUCAUAAAGUUGACCAUCCACAGUGUCACUGUUCAGGACUCUGGGGAAUAUAGUUGUGAGGUCAUCGGAGGGGCCACUACCAAGGCCAAGCUGGAGAUCAAAGAGCCAGUCCACAAGUUUAUCAAGGAGUUGAAGGACAGCGAGGCGGAGGAGAAGGGCUCAGUGACCCUGCAGUGUGAGACAGCCCAGCCUGCCUCCAAGCCCACCUGGUCCAAGGGAGGCGUAGAGCUCAAGGCCGGGGGACGCUACGAGAUGAGCCAGAAGGAGACCGUCCUCACCCUCACUAUCAAACAGCUGGAGGAGAAAGACAGCGGCACUUACACCUGUGAUGUGGGCACCGCCAAGAUGACGGGGAAGGUGACAGUCAAAGCCUUGCCUGCCAGCUUUAAACAAAAGCUGAUGAACCAGCAGGCCAAGGAAGGGGAGAGUGUCACUCUCUGUUCUGUGUUAUCCAAACCUGGGGCCAAGGUUCAGUGGAAGAAAGGCACUGAGAAUCUCAAAGCUGGAGAUAAAUAUGAGAUAAAGCAAAAAGAUGCCUCCUGCGAGCUUCAGAUAAAACAUCUGAAGGUUGAAGACAGUGGAGAGUACUCCUGUGAGUGUGGAGACCAGAAGACCACAGCGACUAUAAACAUCAAUGCGUUACCUUUGACCUUCAAACACAAGCUGGAGAACCAGGAGGCUAAGGAGGGGGGCAGUGUUACCCUGCACUGUGAGCUUUCUAAACCUGGGGUCCCUGUGGAAUGGAGGAAGGGAACACAGGUGCUGAAGUCUGGAGAAAAGUACCAGAUUAAGCAGAAAGAAUCUGUGAGUGAACUCCUGAUCAGCAAAGUAGUACCAGAGGACAGUGGAGACUACAGCUGUAUGUGUGGAGACUUGAAGACUACAGCCAGUCUCAAUAUUAAGGCCCAACCUGUUACAUUCAAACAAAAGCUGGGGAACCAGGAGGCUGAAGAGGGGGGCAGUGUUACCCUGCACUGUGAGCUCUCUAAACCUAGGGUCCCUGUGGAAUGGAGGAAGGGAACACAGGUGCUGAAGUCUGGAGAAAAAUACCAGAUUAAGCAGAAAGAAUCUGUGAGUGAACUCCUGAUCAGCAAAGUAGUACCAGAGGACAGUGGAGACUACAGCUGUAUGUGUGGAGACCAGAAGACUACAGCCAGUCUCAAGAUUAAGGCCCAACCAGUGACGUUCAAACACAAGCUGGAGAGCCAGGAGGCUAAGGAGGGGGGCAGUGUUACCCUGCACUGUGAGCUUUCUAAACCUGGGGUCCCUGUGGAAUGGAGGAAGGGAACACAGGUGCUGAAGUCUGGAGAAAAGUACCAGAUCAAACAGAAAGAAUCUGUGAGUGAACUCCUGAUCAGCAAAGUAGUACCAGAGGACAGUGGAGACUACAGCUGUAUGUGUGGAGACUUGAAGACUACAGCCAGUCUCAAUAUUAAGGCCCAACCUGUUACAUUCAAACAAAAGCUGGGGAACCAGGAGGCUGAAGAGGGGGGCAGUGUUACCCUGCACUGUGAGCUCUCUAAACCUGGGGUCCCUGUGGAAUGGAGGAAAGGAACACAGGUGCUGAAGUCUGGAGAAAAGUACCAGAUCAAACAGAAAGAAUCUGUGAGUGAACUCCUGAUCAGCAAAGUAGUACCAGAGGACAGUGGAGACUACAGCUGUAUGUGUGGAGACCAGAAGACUACAGCCAGUCUCAAGAUUAAGGCCCAACUUGUGACCUUCAAACAUAAACUGGAGAGCCAGGAGGCUGAGGAGGGGAGCAAUGUUACCCUGCACUGUGAGCUCUCUAAACCUGGGGUCCCUGUGGAAUGGAGGAAGGGAACACAGGUGUUAAAGUCUGGAGAAAAGUACCAGAUGAAACAGAAAGAAUCUGUGAGUGAACUCCUGAUCAGCAAAGUAGUACCAGAGGACAGUGGAGACUACAGCUGUAUGUGUGGAGACCAGAAGACUACAGCCAGUCUCAAUAUUAAGGCUCUUCCAGUCAUAUUCAAACAAGAUCUGCAGAGCCAGGAGGUUGAAGAGGGGGACAUUGUUACCCUGCACUGUGAGCUUUCUAAACCUGGGGUCCCUGUGGAAUGGAGAAAAGGAUCACAGGUGCUGAAGUCUGGAGAAAAGUACCAGAUGAAGCAGAAAGAUUGCAGUGUGGAACUCCAAAUCUGUGAUUUGAAACCUGAAGACACAGGAAGCUACCACUGCAGGACUGGAGACACAGAGAGCUCAGCAUGCCUGAAAGUCAAUGCUCUCCCCGUCAUUUUCACCAAAGAGCUGCAGAGCCAAGAGGCUGAAGAGGGGGGCAGUGUUACCCUGCAUUGUGAGCUUUCUAAACCUGGGGUACCAAUGGAAUGGAGGAAGGGGGAGGUGGGUCUUUGCCCCUGUACCAAGUAUGAAAUCAUCCAGGAAGGGCACAGCGCUAGGCUAGUCAUCCAAAACUUAGACCCAGAAGACUCAGGCAGCUACACCUGUGACAGUGGUGACCGGAAAACCACAGCACAGCUUGCUGUGAAGGCCCUGUCCGUUUACUUCAAAACUCGACUACAGAAUCUAAAGUGGGACGCAGGUGAGAUCGCCAUCCUCCGCUGUGAGAUCACCAAGCCUGGGGCCAGCGUUGUCUGGAGCCGGGGCGACAGGGUCCUGGAGUCUAACAACAAGUAUCAGCUGAAACAGGAAGGGGCCAUUGUGAAGCUUAUCAUCUAUAGCCUACAAGGGGCUGACUCUGGGGAAUAUAUCUGUGACACAGGUUACCAGAAGACCUCCUCCAUGCUCACUGUACAGGAGUUGGAGGUGACCAUAGUGAAGGUCUUGAACAGCUGUUCGGUGCACGAGGGGGAGGAUGUCCACUUUGAGUGCCAUCUUUCCCACGAAGAUGCCAAGGAGGUCCAGUGGAAGCUUGCGGACGUCCCUCUGCAAAACAAUAAAAUGAAUCUGAUCCGUGCCCAGGGCAAGGUGCACAGCCUCACCCUCAGGGGGGUCACCCAGGCUGACUCAGGCACAGUCACCUUCACCGUGGGUCACCAUACCUCCACUGCCAGCCUGACCGUCCGAGGGGCCCCUGUGGUGUUCAAGAAGGAGCUGGAGAGCCAGGAAGCAGUAGAGGGAGGCAGUGUCUCCCUGACCUGUGAGAUCAGUGCUGAGGGCAAGGUGACCUGGAGAAGGGGAUCUGUGCUCCUCACCCAGGGGGAGAAGUAUUCCAUGGAGCACACAGGUUCUACCUACAUCCUGAUGGUUCACAAGCUAAAGGUCGAAGAUGCUGGAGAGUACACCUGCGAUACCGGGGAUAAGCAGAGCACAGCCACCCUAACAGUCAAAGAGUCUGUACGCAUCACUCGGGAGCUGCAAGACAUCACAGUGACCACCGGCCAGGAUGCUGUCUUUGCGUGUGAGUUGUCCCAGGAGGGCGUGACCAACGGAGAGUGGUGGCUGGGCGAUAACCUCCUCCAGAACAACGACCUGAACCAGAUGACCUGCCAGGGCCGGGUACACCGGCUGACACUACAGAUGGUCACCACUGACGAGUCAGGGGACGUGGCGUUUGUGGUGGGCGAGGAGAAGACUGUUGCCUGCCUACUGGUGGAAGAGAAGCCCAAAGCCUUAAUCCUAGAGAAGCCUCACGAUACAGUGGCCUUGGAGGGUGAGACAGUCACCCUGUCCUGCACCGUCUCCGACCCCACGGCCACCGUCACCUGGAGCAGGAAUGAUGUGGCCAUCAAAGCAGGACUCAAGUACGACCUGCGGAAGGAUGGAGCUCUCCUGCAGCUCCGCAUCCACAACUUGGAGAUGGAGGACUCUGGAACUUACUGCUGCGAUACCAGGGACGCACAGUGCACUGUCACCUUGAUUGUGGAAGGUGCCCCGGCAUUCUUCCAGAAGGAGCUGAAGAACCAGGAAGCCCAGGAGGGUGAUGAUAUCACUCUGCACUGUGAGCUCUCCAAGGCGGGCGCUCAUGUGGAGUGGAGGAAGGGAGGCGUAGUCCUCCAGGCUGGUAAGAAGUACGAGAUGAGACAGGAGGGCUGCAUUCAGGAGCUCCACAUUCGCAACCUAGAGCCAGAGGACAAUGGCUACUACACCUGUGAUGCUGGAGACCAGCUCACCACGGCGUCAGUGGCAGUGCAAGACCCCACAGUAGAGGUGGUGAGUGAGAUGCAGGACCUUCGUGUGGCUGAGGACCAGCCGGCUGAGUUCAUCUGCCAGUACUCCCGGCCGGUCCAGGCCCAGUGGAAAAGAAACGGGCGGCCGUUGCAGCCUGACGGCAGGAGGGUGGUAGUGGAGCAGGACUGGACCGUGGCUCGCUUGUACAUUAGCCACGUGUCCACUGAGGACAGGGGGAAGUACUCCUGUGAGGCAGAGGGGACCUGCGUGGUCGCCUUGCUGGAAGUGGAAGUCAAACCCAUUGAAAUCCUCCAGGGCCUGGAGAACAUGGACACCAUCGACGGCGGCGAGGCCCUGUUCGAGUGCUCUAUUUCUCGUUGCGAGAUCAAAGACUGCCGCUGGCUCAUCGACGGCAAGCCGGUGAAGGAUUCGCCAAACACUGAGAUCGUGUCCUUCGAGAGUGGCCGCCGCCACCUGCUGUUGCUAAAGGAUCUGCACGUCGGGGACAACUGCAAAGUGACCUUCCAGGCUGGCACCGCAGCAACCUCCGCCAUGCUCAAUGUCAAAGGCUGGCAGCUGGAUGUGGUGAGCGGUCUGGAGGAUAAGGUAGCUGUGGUGGGAGAGAAGGUAGAGUUCAGCUGCAUGCUGACUGAGCCUGUGCCUGAGGCGGAGGUAGUGUGGUACUCUAACGGAGCCGAGCUAAAGAAUGAUGACACCUGGGCCAUGCGGGCAGACGGUUGCUCCUACCACCUGGUGCUGAGACAGGCCCCAGCCAUGCCACCAAAGGAGAUCACCUUCGCUGCCAGGGACGCCAUCUCCAUGGCCAAGCUCAUUGUCAUCACCGUUCCAGACCCCCCGGAGGACCCAGAGCUGGUCAGUAAGCGUAAACAGGGGGUGACCCUGUCCUGGUUCACACCCCUGAGUGACGGAGGCAGCCCCAUUCUGGGUUACAGGGUGGAGAUGAGGCUGGCGGACAGCGCCCUCUGGCUUCCGUGCCAUGCAGAGCCUGUGUGUAACACAGAGUUCUCUGUGGAUAACCUCAACCCAGGGAGCGGCUACAGGUUCAGGGUGGCAGCCAUCAACAGAGCUGGGAUUGGAGAACCUGUCCAGCUGCCUCAGAACGUUCAGCUGGAGGCUCCAGUCACAGUGACCCAGCAGUUGGCCUGUCCAGACUUGCAGGAGGGUAAGAUGGCCCGUGUGGAGUGCCAGCUCUCUGCUGAGGGCAGCUCGGUCACCUGGCUCAAAGACAACAAGGAGCUGGAGUUUGGGGUCAAAUACCAGGUCACCAUCGAGGGCAAGACACAAGUGCUGCUGAUCAAAGACUUUGAGUCUGCUGACCAGGGCGUGUACACCUGUGUGGCCUCAGACGAGGCAGAAAGCUCCAUUAAUCUCAACCUACCAACAGGUGGAGAUGGGGUUAAGUUGGAGGAGGGGGCCCAGCCCAGCCUGCCUCCUGAGGCUGCCUCUGAGGGUGAUGUCCACGCGCUGUGGGAGGCCCUGGCCAAGAAACGUCGCAUGAGCCGAGAACCCACCCUCGACUCCAUCACUGAGCUGCCUGAUGAGGAGGACAAGGAGCCCAAAACACCCAAGGAACCAGUCAAGGAGAAGAAAGCCCCAGAGAAGGUGAACGAAAAGGAGAAGGAGAAGGUUGUGGAGCCUGUCAUCAUCGCAAAGAAGAAGGAUUUGGAUACCAACCUGCACACCAGCUCUGAGGAUGAGUCCAGGGCUCCAACGCUGGUGUCCCACCUGAAGAAGAGCAGCAUGUCCUCCCUCUCUGUGUCCAACCAGACAGAGUCCAUCUCAACUGAGAAGUUAUAUGCACAGUUUGAGGUGAAAGAGCAGACCUCAGUGCAACAGACCUCAGUGCAACAGACCACUGUCCUACAGACCUCAUCUUCGGGACAGCAGAUCACAGCACAGACCACAAAGAUCACUGAGUGUAGUAAUGAGGAGGAUGAAGAAAAGGGGCUGCUGGAUGCUGCUGUCAAGAUCCAGGCUGCCUUCAAGGGCUACAAGGCCCGCAAGGAUAUGUGUCCAGUCUUCAAGGACGUCUUCAAGGACCAGACCAAGGAGCCCAAUGGCACCAUCCACCUGGAGUGUGUGGUUGAGGGCAAGCCCGACAAGGUGCGCUGGCUGAAGGACGGCGAGCCCCUUGUGGACAGCAAACACCACCACAUCGACAUCUACAAUGAUGGCACCUGCUCUCUGGUCAUCACCGCCGUUACCACCAAGGACACGGGCAUCUACACAUGUGAGGUCACCAACAAGUUCGGGAUGACCAUCCACAGCGGCAAGGUGACAGUAGGCUCGGCCCGGGAGGCAUCUGGAAGAAGGCCCCUGACCAUGGGCUACAGCGCCGACAGCGAGGCAGACAGCUCGUCGGCAGAAAGCGAGAUCGAUGAGUCUUUGAGGCAGGCCAGCAAACGGCUGCGCCGCCUCCUCCGCACACACCUGCCGGCCACGUCGGAGGAGGAGUCAUUCGUCAGCUGUGAUGAUGAGGCUGAGCUGCAGGCCCCCGACCCUAAAUCGUACCGCGAGGACGAGCGCUACAUCUACAUCCGCUUCGACACGCGGUCUGAGGCCCAGGUGGCAUCUCUGCACUUUCAGGAGAUGUUCACGGCCCAGGGGAUGCCUGUGGAGACCACCAUUCAGGAGGCUGGACCUCUCAAAGUGGAGCUGCGCAUCAUGAAGAUGGGAUACAACAAAGAUGGCUCUGCAACACCCACACAGGAGAAGCAGCUGCCCACGUUCAUGACAGGAGCCCCGGCGGCCCCAGUCUUCCUGACCGAACUCCAGAGCCAGGACGUGCCUGACGGUAACCCGGUCAGCUUCGACUGCGUGGUGAUCGGAAAGCCUCCACCCAGCGUGCGUUGGUUCAAGGACGGGAAGCUCCUGGAGGAGAAUGACCACUACAUGAUCAACGAGGACCAGGAGGGCUGCCACCAGCUGAUCAUCACCACCGUGCUGCCUUCUGACAUGGGUGUCUACCGCUGCAUGGCCGAGAACACCAGUGGCAUCGCUUCCACUAAGGCCGAGCUCAGGGUUGACAUGUCUUGCAGCUCAGACUACGAUACUGCAGCUGAUGCCACUGAGACAGGCUCCUACAUCAGUGCCAAAGGCUACAUGUCUAGGGAAACCGAAGCGUUUGAGUCUGUGGCAGAGGAUGAGCAGAUGCCACAAGUACUGGAUGAGCUCCAUGAUGUGCAUGUCAGCCCAGGCUCACCCAUCGCUAAGAUGCAGCUGAAAGUCAAAGGUUUCCCCACGCCCAGAGUGUACUGGUUCAAGGACGGCAUACCGCUGCGUUCCUCAGACAGGAUCCUGCUGCUGGACAAGAGAGACAUCCACAGUCUGGAGGUCCUGGAGGUGAAGAGGGAGGACACAGGAGAGUACUCUGCCUACAUCAGCAACGCUGCUGGAUCAGCAUACUCCUCUGCUAGGCUACUGGUUCUGGGUCCAGGAGAGCUCACACCUGUAGAAAAGCACGAUACCAAGGUGCCUCUGGUGCCGCCACGGUUGCUGGAGAAGUUCAGCAACAGGAAGGUGAAACAGGGAGCUAGUGUCACCCUGUCAGUCAGCGUGGAAGGUUCUCCCACCCCCAUGGUGACGUGGCUGAAAGAGGAGUCUGCUGAGGACGUGUUGUGGAUCAAGCCAGACACUAAGGGCUAUAAGGUGGCCAGCUCUGGGCGCCAACACAGCCUCAUCCUCAUGGAUGUGGGUUCUGAGCACGCGGGCACCUACACCUGCAUAGCCACCAACAGGGCCGGACAGUCCAUCUGCACUGCCCACUUUGCCGUAGAGGAUGCGUCACGACCCAAGGAAGAGACCAAAAUCCCUCUGGGUAUUACUAUCAGCCCUCCAGAGGAGGAUGCUGGCAGAAAAAUGCCUUAUCUAGGUGAAGUUGGAACAGAAGAGUUUCUUAUGAAGCUCACCUCCCAGAUCACAGAGAUGGUAUCUGCCAAGAUCAGCCAAGACAACGCACAGAACCAUCAAGUGCUCCAGUGGAUGAAAUCAUGCCCCAAAGCUUCCACCUCACUACGUGUCCCGGGAGGCGAUAGCGACGAUGAGACCAAAACACCCUCCGCCUCGCCCCACCACGGCCGUUCUCGCCCCGGCUCCAUUCUCGCAGACUCCUCCUCUGAGUCUGAUGACCCUGAUGCCAGGGGAGAGAUGUUUGACAUCUAUGUGGCUACGGCUGACUACAACCCCACCAGCCCCAACAAAGAGACCAUUUCCCUGAAGGAGGGCCAGUAUGUUGAGGUUCUGGACUCAGCACAUCCACUCAAAUGGCUGGUCCGGACCAAACCAACCAAAACCACCCCAUCCCGCCAGGGCUGGGUCUCACCUGCCUACCUGGACAAGAAACUCAAGCUGUCUGCUGAUGCUGGUGAUGUCCCCGAGGCAGGUGGAGAAGAGGUCUCAGAAGGAGAGUACAAAAGAAGACUACUCCAACUGAUCCAGGACAUGAUCAACAGCGAGGCAGAGUUUGUCAAAGAGAUGGACUUCUUCACCUCCCACCACGUCAAGCAUCUGGAUAGCCCUGACGCCCCAUCUGACGUCACCAGCCAGAAGGAGGCCAUAUUCAGGAACAUCAACGAGAUCAAGGCCUUCCAUAGCGAGUUCAUGUUCCCUAAGUUGAGCGAGUGCGACACAGAUGACGACGUGGCCAUGCGGUUCCUGAGGAGCGGGGAGGGCUUUGAGAAAUACCUCCAGUACCUUGUAGGCCAGCAAAAGGCAGAGGCCGCUAUCAGUGACAAGACUGUACACCACUUCUUCAAGAAGUACACAGAUAAACAGCAGGCCAGUGUCGACCCUGCUGAAGGUCCUGUAUUGAGCAUUAAUGCCUACCUACAGAAGCCUCUGGACAGAAUUCAGAAGUACAAGGCCUCACUCAAGGAGCUGAUCCGGAACAAGGCCAGGAAUGGUCAGAACUGCUGCCUGCUGGAAGAGGCCUAUGCCAUGGUGUCAUCACUGCCUCAGCGUUCAGAGAACACACACCACGUCUCCAUGAUAGAGAACUACCCUGCCACCCUGGAUGUAUUGGGGGAGCCCAUCAGACAGGGACCCUUCAUGAUGUGGGAGGGUGCACCUGGGGUAAGGUCCUCCUCCAGAGGCCACCAUCGACACGCAUUCCUCUUCAAAAACUAUGUAAUCAUCUGCAAAUCCAAGAGAGACACCAACACAGACACCGAGGGCUACAUCUUUAAGAACAUGAUGAAGCUGAACAACAUAGAUGUGAAUGAGACAGUGGAGGGUGACGACCGGGCCUUUGAGAUCUGGCACGAGCGUGAGGACUCUGUCAAGAAGUACACACUGCAGGCUCGCACCGUAAUCAUCAAGAACUCCUGGCUGCGAGACCUCAGGGACCUUCAGCAGCGCUACACCAUGCCUGCCUGGAGUAUGCCUGACUUUGAUGAGCUUCUGGCUGACUGCUCAGCGGAGCUGGGACAGACUGUGAAACUGGCCUGCAAGGUUACUGGAGUACCCAAACCUGUGGUCACCUGGUACAAGGAUGGGCAUGCGGUGGAGGCUGACCCUCACCACAUCAUCAUCGAGGACCCUGAUGGUUCCUGCACCCUGAUCCUGGACAACAUGAUAGCUGAUGACUCUGGACAGUACAUGUGCUUCGCCACUAGCACAGCAGGCAAUGCCAGCACUCUGGGGAAGAUCACUGUCCAAGUGCCUCCUCGUUUCGUGAACAAGAUGAGGAAUGCUGUCUUUAACAUUGGUGAGGAUGCUCAGUUCUCCUGCACCAUCCAGAGCGCCCCCAGCCCCAAGAUCAGGUGGUUCAAGGAGGGCAGGCUGCUGACUGACCAGGAGAAGUAUCAGACCUACAGUGAGUCCCGUAGUGGAGUCCUAGUGCUAGUCAUUAAAGGCACUACGGAGAGAGACCUGGGACAUUACGAGUGUGAGUUGUCCAAUCGACUGGGUAGUGCUAAAUGUGCAGCUGAUCUGUACCUUCCUUCUGCUGUGGCUAGAAGAGGAGAGCAGGCGAUCACCAUCGAAGUCACCGAGCAGGAGACUAAAAUACCAAAGAAAACCAUCAUCAUAGAGGAGACCAUAACCACGGUGGUGAAGAACACCCGCAUGAAGCGUCGCGGCCUGUCUCCAUCUGGGUUCAACCGCUCCCAAACCUCCACCCCAGAUCUCCCCAACACCCCCACGGUCAGGCAGAGGAGGCAGGCUUCCGCCAACAGGAAGACCACCAUCCCCACCCUGUACGUCACGGAGCCCGAGGGGGCCGUAGGGGCCCGGGCUGCGGAGAACAAGUGGGUGGAGGUAGAGGAAAUCAUAGAGUACAAGGUCAACAAGUCGCCCAGGCUAUCCAGGAGAGGGGUCUCCCAAGCCGGGUCGGAGCAGUCACACACCCCCUCCUCCACCCGGCCACGGAGAUCCCCAAACCCCAACGCCAACAACUCCAACAACAAGCUGGUAGAGCUGCAGAAUCUCUCCGAGCUGCAGGGGGCACAGCCUCUGUCCUGGGACGAUGAGGAGGAGGAUGAUGACGUGGCUGUGGAUGGGUCCGAGGUCGCCAGUGGAUUCAGUGGAAAGGCCUACGAGGUCUCCUCUGUUCUAAUCCCUAACGACCAUGAACAUGAAGAGGAUGAGGCCUGGCUAGAGGAGCAGCAAGAGGCCUUCAUCACAGAACCGGAUGAUGACGACGACAACACACUCAAGAAGCUGGACCCUAAGAUCCUGACCCAGGGCGGUCACGUUCUCACCCUGGAGGACCUGGAGGACUAUGUUCCCAGGGAGGGGGAGACCUACGGCUCCACCAACACCCGCUCGUCACCUGUCGAGAGGCCCUGUGAGAUCUCAGUGCUCCAGAGGGAGAUUGGGGGCUCUGCUGUGGGCCAGCCGGUGCUGUUCAACGUGGGGAGGCCUGUGGUGCUGCCUAGGGAGAGGCCCAGGCCUGGCUUCUUCAGCCGCUUUAGAGAGCACUUCUCAGGAAGCCUGUUCUCCCCGGCCGCCCCCCACCACAACCACCACCCCAGCGGAGGCCAGUCCAGUAGGGAGAUUCCCAUCCAGGUCAGCCACGCCAAGUUAGAGGUCAAGCCGUUGUACUGCUCUGAGGUGCAGAGAGUGGAGGGAGGGCAGCAGAGCUACAAAACCAAGGUCUACACGUCAGUGGGCAAGCCAGUCACUCUUCAGAUUAGCAAGAAUAACCCAUAUCAAAACCAAUAACCUAGUGUGUGGAAAUACGUAGCUGGAUUAGAACCAAGCAGAUUGUUGUUAUUUGGUGAGGUACAAUAGCCCUUUUAGUCUUAAAUGGGAACAUUUCUACUAAAGUGUUAAAAAGCAUAUUCUAACAUUGCAUUUUACUGCAAAUGGCGGAUCAUUCCAUUUUCAAGCAACCCAUCUGAAAGUAAAAUGCAGACACAGGAAGUCAGUCAUUUUGGUCAGACAGAAAGUAGAUUUUAAAGGACAAAACAUCAGAAGGGGGUUGGAUAUGUUUAGGCUAAAUUAUUUCCGAACGCCAUUGUAUACUAUCCAGCCUUCAAUUUAUUGUUGCCUUGCUUGCAACAUAUUUGAUGUACUGAAAAAGACAAUAAUUAUGAGUGUUACAACAUGGACUGACACUAUUUUCAAGUUCAAAAAUCCAUCUGCUUUACCCUCAGGUGACAGAGGUUUAGAAUUUUAACUCCUUGAUGUUAAACUUCUGUCUUGUAGAAGAACAUCAGUGUACAGCAUUUAACACUAAGUUUACAAAACAUUAGGUACACCUUCCUAAUUUUGAGUUGCACCCCCUUUAGCCCUCAGAACAGCCUCAAUUUGU